CAGUGUGGAAAGAGUUUUAAUCAUCAAAGUCUUCUCAAAAUACACCAGCACAUUCACACUGGAGAGAAACCAUAUCAGUGCUUACAGUGUGGGAAGAGUUUUAAUCAACAGAGUCAUUUUAAAAGACACCAGCGCAUUCACACUGGAGAGAAACCAUAUCAGUGCUUACAGUGUGGGAAGAGUUUUAAUCAACUGAGUCAUUUUAAAAGACACCAGCUCAUUCACACUGGAGAAAAACCGUAUCAGUGCUUACAGUGUGGGAAGAGUUUUAAUACACAGAGUGAUCUCAAAAUACACCAGCACAUUCACACUGAAGAGAAACCGUAUCAGUGCUCUCAGUGUGAAAAGAGUUUUAAUGGACAGAGUGAUCUGAAAAGACACCAGCGCAUUCACACUGGAGAGAAACCAUAUCAUUGCUCACAGUGUGAGAAGAGUUGUAAUCAACAGAGUAAUCUCAAAAUACACCAGCGCAUUCACACUGGAGAGAAACCGUAUCAGUGCUCACAGUGUGAGAAGAGUUUUUAUACACAGAGUCAUCUCAAAAUACACCAGCGCAUUCACACUGGAGAGAAACCAUAUCAGUGCUCACAGUGUGAGAAGAGUUUUAAUACACAGAGUCAUCUCAAAAUACACCAGCGCAUUCACACUGGAGAGAAACCAUAUCAGUGCUCACAGUGUGAGAAGAGUUUUAAUACACAGAGUCAUCUUAAAAUACACCAGCGCAUUCACACUGGAGAGAAACCAUAUCAGUGCUCACAGUGUGGAAAGAGUUUUAAUCAUCAAAAUGCUCUCAAAAUACACCAGCACAUUCACACUGGAGAGAAACCGUAUCAGUGCUCACAGUGUGGGAAGAGUUUUAAUCAACAGAGUCAUUUUAAAAGACACCAGCGCAUUCACACUGGAGAAAAACCUUAUCAGUGCUCACAGUGUGAAAAGAGUUUUAAUGGACAGAGUGAUCUGAAAAGACACCAGCGCAUUCACACUGGAGAGAAAUAUCAGUGCUCACAGUGUGGAAAGAGUUUUAAUCAUCAGAGUACUCUCAAAAGACACCAGUGCAUUCACACUGGAGAGAAACCGUAUCAGUGCUCUUAG